AUGGCCGAUGUUCCUGGAUCGCCCUCGCUUGUUGUCGACAAGCCCACUGUGCUGACUGGGGCCAGUCGUAUACUCUCCAGUUUUCUCCACAAUUCCUGCGCAACGCCUCUGCGUCAUGCUCACAACUUGGGCGCGUGCUGCCUUACCUCCUUCCGUUCCCCUUCCUUGAACUAUGAAUUCAAGCUUCAACACCCCGAAUUGACGCCUAACGGACCAUACCGAGUGAGGAAUAGACGGGAACAUACUGUGAAACAUGCUGCCAGCAACGCGGAGCUGUUCACCCUCCAUCUCGUCGGCGAGACGUCAACUAUGGGGAUAUCAGGACAGCGAAUAAAUUUGCUAUCCGGAAAAGGAACCGGGACAAGAGCUUCGCAUAGUUCUUAUCUGUUCACUGCCCCGCGAGCCCUCGCUGGGCAAAGCCAGGAGCGGGCUUUCCGAAGGGCCAACUACAUUGAGAAAAUCGGCGACAACGAACAGACGGAGGAAAGGAUGGAAAAAGAAAAACUUGAAACCAGGGUUGAUGAGCAACAUGACCGGCCUCGGCGGCAGGUAUUAGAUGAGGAGGGCAAAAAGAACCCACCACCGAAAACGCAGUCAGAAAAGUGGUCAGAGGACAUGACCAAAGGAAAAAUGUUGACGACGCCGUCGCGACUUUUCAAAUUGAUCAUUCCACUGACCACGACGGACCAGGGUCAUGACAAGGGCGUCGAACCCAUUGCUCUCCUAGUUCAUCCCCAACAGCCUCUGUCAUACAUAGAGCGCUUAAUACAGUCAGAGUUGCCGCCUAUUGAUGGUGAAUGCGAGAAGCGCCCACCAGCCAUAUCUUUCAUUGCCCUUCAACACGAAGACAACGCGAUCAAGCCUAGAAAGAAGAUCGAAGAUGACAUCGACAUGGAUGCAAUCUACAAUGACACCCAUGGCCAAGAAAACGGCCAAAAGUCCGGGGGUGGCGCACCAAUUGAGCGACGGCGACGAUCGCGAGAAGAGGACGCGGAGACAUACAGCUAUCCCCGGAAGACAGACUCUAGUCUCGACCCCCUGAAUGGAGAGCCCGAGCGAUUCGUGCGGUGGUCUCAGGCUACCGAGGUUGGGGAUUUCCUCCGAGAUGCUGCUCGUACCCGUGAGUUCAUUGUCACCAUCGAAGGCGCACCAGCGGGACUGGGUCAGAUCAGAAUUACUGUGCCAUCGUUCAACGAGCGCACAUACUUCUUGCGCAUGAGGCUGCGGAAGCUCUCACGGCAGAUCCAGGGAAUUGCCGAGGUCAAGCAUGAAUGUGAUGUGAUGGCUCUUCGCGGAGCACAGCGUGUCGCUAUUGGAGGCUUUGGAAUCCUCGCUACAUGGUGGUUUACAGUGUACAAAUUAACCUUCGAAACCGAUUUGGGCUGGGACACGAUGGAGCCGGUGACAUACCUGGUCAGUUUGUCUACCCUGAUGGGCGGUUAUCUAUGGUUCCUAUACCACAAUCGGGAGAUUUCGUACAAAUCCGCGCUCGACUUCACCGUCAGUGCCCGCCAGCGAAAGCUCUACCAGCUUCACAACGUCGAUCUGCAAUUAUGGGAAUCUCUCAUCGACGAGGGGAAGGCUCUACGGCGGGAAAUCAAAAGCAUUGCAGCUGAGUAUGAUGCUGAAUGGGACGAGCGCGUCGAAGAGCAAGACGAGCGAGUUACUCAGGCCCUGAAGUCCCACCGAAACAAGGAAGGUGAGAAAAAGAGCCGCGGCGAUAAAGACGGCGCGGAUGACGACUGA